CUGAGAAUUUUCCUGAUCGGAGGUUAUGGUUAGAUUUUUUUUUUUAAGCUAUGAUACACAAAUGGCGUAGUAUCUCUUCCUUGCUCUCGUCAUCCAAAAAGAAAUCUUAAGAAAUGUUCGUCCGAAAGUUUCAUCCAACAACUAUUAUAAUUGCUAUACAGAUACUGAGAAAAGAUCCAUCCAUGAAUGAUGUUUGUCAACCAGUCUGUGACAUACAAUUUCAUGCUUACCUAUCUAUCAAUUGUAGAAAACAAAGAAUUUAUCACCUUUGUGGAAGAUUGUGUCGUGGGGACGCUAAAAAGGAAGGCUAGCAGUAAUGGUGCCCAACGCGCAAAGAUGCGCUGUGACGUGAUCCUGAAUGCUAGUGAACACCAAGAAGUAGAAGAUGAUUCUGCAUUGGUUAGACAGACCGUGUGGAAAGCCAAAUCAAAAGCAGAGAACCUCACGAAGAAGCAGAACUGGUCUGGUAAUCCUGUACCAGCUAAAGGGAGGAGGAGAAUGCUGAACACAAAAACAGGGCUGAGAGGUGGACAGACUGAGGGACAUGGGAAGGGUACACAAUCCAGAAAGAGCACAAGAAAGCCCAAUUCAAAACCAGAAACUCAGACUGACUGCUCCAAGACGUCUAAACAGAGCAAGACAACAUGUAAUGCAGAGCCAAAGUCCUGUACAAAAAAGAAUCAAAGAAGCAAUAAAACUGAAAAAUGCCCGAAGAAGGUUAAAAAGACCAGAGGAAAGUCUGCCAAAGAAACAAACAAACGCACAACCAAGCUGAAAGGAAAACUAACUCGGACAAUAGUGAAGGCUGUGCUGGCUAAGGGAACCAGGAGAAACGCUUGCACAAAUACAAAGACGCGACUAAAGAAACUGAGAUUUAAACGCAAUGAGGGGACUGAAAAAUUUGCACCUUCACAAGGAAGCAAGAGAAACUUAAGUACAAAACCAGAGACUUUCACGAAAAAGAUGGAUAAACAGCCUGAAGCACAACUAACUAGAGCAAAGCCAAAGUCCAAUGAAGAACUCGGACCUUUAGGUGAAAAACCAAGUAUACCAGGUGAAGGAGUAGUGAAGCCUAAGACAAAGUGUAUCAGAAAACCACAGACUUUCAUGAAAAAAACUAAGUUGUCUCACAAAGACGCCCUGAUCCAAAGGGCACGUUCGAGCAAAACUAGAGUCAUCCUCACAAAAAAUCCGAGGGGUAAAACUGCUAAAGCGUCUUUGAAAAUCACACCAGCCAAGGAAACCAAUAGAAAGAGUAACACUACAUUAGAGACUCUCUCAAAAAAGCCCAAUAAAAUACCAACUGAGAUGUUUGUGGUGUUUUUUGGGGACCUAAAGAAAGACACUAUUACUGAAAAGCUGCCAUUGAGAAAGUGCAAUAAUAUUCCACUCCGAUUUAAAGGUUCUUCACCCUACCACCAGGCUGCAACCAAUCGAGCUUUGUUUGCACAGAAAUAUCAGCAGGUGAAUAAACUCGGUGAAGGAGGUUUUGGAUCGGUUUAUGCCGGUUACAGAAAAAGUGACUGUUUUCCAGUGGCGAUUAAAUACAUACCCAAAGAGGUAAAAAGUGUUCCAUUGAAUAUCAAUGGCUUGAAGAAGGACAUUCCCAUCGAGGCGUUGCUAAUGCUACAGGCAUCCAUCAAAAAGAACUCUGAUGGAAAGUCAGCAGUUGUGUCAUUGUUGAACAAGUACGAUCUGGAGCAUCAGAUUGUACUGGUCAUGGAGAGGCCAGUCCCGUCUGUGGACCUGUUCACUUACAUUACGAGAUGCAGACUUGGCGCACUGCUGGAGUGUGAGGCAAAGAAUAUCAUGAAGCAGCUGGUUGUUGCAGCUAUCAACAUGCACGCUGUGGAUGUUUUCCAUCGAGAUUUAAAACAAGAAAAUAUUCUUCUGGAGGCCACCUCUGGCGUCCCUCGUGUGCGAAUUAUUGACUUUGGCUGUAGUUGCUUAGCCAGCAAUGAGCCUUACCGGGAUUAUAACGGCACAUUAUGUUAUGCUCCUCCGGAGUAUGUUCUAAGACGGACAUACAGCGCCGGUCCAACCACUGUGUGGCAUUUGGGCGCUCUUCUCUUUGAAUUGAUGGCUGGAACGAAGCGCUUUGACACAGUCAUGUUCCUUUCCCAGAUGCUAAGACUGAAUCGGGUUCUAUCGGAAGCAGAAUGUGAAGAUUUCUUGUGGAAAUGCUUGAAUUUGGAUCCGGAGAAGCGAGCCACCUUGGAGCAGAUGCAGGAGCACCCAUGGCUUAUAUGAUACGGCAUACACCUUUUCCCCAUUUCUGGACGGCACUGGGAAUAUUUGUUAUUUUGGAUCAUAAAUUUGUAUGAGAAAGACUUGCAGGGGUGAAGAGCAGGAUUUUUUUGGGGGAGGAACACUACCUAGAGGUCGAUUAGGUGACGUAGUUGCCCAUCACAUGCCCACCAUUUGCCGACCAUUAGAAAAUCCUGUUUGACGGAUACUUCAACAAAUCAUUUAAAAAAUGACUUAAGCAAAGAAGGCAUACACGCUGAAGGAUUUAAGACUAUAUUUUCAACUCAUUGGCUGCCAUUGACAGCGAUAGACAUCCAAUCCAUUUAAAGUGGGAGGGCUGACGGUGUUUGAUCAACCAAUGAGCUAAACAGUAGGAUCAUCAUUAAACUGUAGGAUUGUAAUUAAUUUAACUAAUUCAUAGCUAUUGACGACAAUAGACAUCUAAUCCAUUUAAUCAAAAAGGGCUGGACAUCUUUGUAUCUAUAGAAAUGAAUACAUGAAACACUAAAAAAAAAAUCAGGAUUUUUAUUUGAUUACUGGGAACAAACUAAGCAGUCACUUUAUUAUUUUUACAUGCUAUAUACUGUAUUUAUGUAUAAGCUAUUCAUUAUUCAUAUUUUUUUAAUGUCUUACCCUGACUGCACAGCAUACAUAUUUCAUACACAGCCCCGUGGAACAAGUAUAUGACUCGCCGCUAAAUUGGGGAUGCCUUCCACCACAACUCCAGCCACAGCCGCGUCUGCCUCAGCAUGUCCGACAUGAAAACAAGCCCAGAAGGUGGAUGCUUAUGUCUUGCUCCCCAGUAGCUACUGAACGAACCACAAUAAUACUUCCACUACCAGCCCGGUGGGAGGAAGUGUGAUAGACUGAGCAAUGAUUCAGCCAAUAAGAAUGAUGCUCAUCUAGGGAAGAGAUCAUUAUCAAAUGAGGGGGAAGGAGAGUAAUGAGUCAGUGUUUAAACUACACGGACAGCAAUUUUUAGAUAAAAACCUGACACGCAAACAAUUUUGGGUAACGUUAAACAACUACUGUAUAUACAACUUCAUUGCACUUUAACACAAUUAUAAGAGCAUAUGUAGCAUCCAGCUAAACCUGACAUGCCUGCAGAGACAACAUAAAAAGUCUACACACUGUUUUAGAUAUCACGUUUUUUGCUAGUGUUUGAAGGCAGAUAUGAUAUUUAUUGUUUACUAUGUGUAAUUAUUUUCAAUAUUUGUUUUUCAACACACCAGCUUUGCCUUGUGUUGUUUCUAA